AUGAGCAGAAGGCAGAGCACGUUAUUGGGUUUUGUCGAAACAAAGAAAACUAAAAUCUGCAGUCCAUCUACUACAUCUGAUGUACAUUUUAAAGAAGCGGAAGUGAGCGAAUAUUGUUGUAGUAACACUAGCAGCAGUAGCAGUACAGUACAAGCAGCUGAUAAUAGGCCCAUCGCCAGCAUCGCCUUUAAUUCUAAAACGCGUAAUGUUGAUUUUGGGUUUUAUAUUGACAUUGCUACUACAAGUUUUAGCGACGCAGAAAAAGCUAAUUUGUUAAGAAAUGCCUGGGAGCCUCCAGAAGAUUUUUCAUAUCCAUUUAGUGUGCAUAGGAAAAACAAUAAGGACGUUAAGUGUUAUUUGUCAAAGAAACAUUUUGGUGAGUUUCGAUGGCUUACAUAUUCAUGUCAUUUGCAAGGAUUAUUUUGUAAAUACUGUUUUUUAUUUGCGAAACAAGGCGGUGUUUACCAUCAAACAAAUUUAAAUAAGUUAGUAAAAUCACCUCUUAACAAAUACUCGAAGCUUCUAGGAAAAGAUGGAGAUUUGAUUUUACAUCAAGCCCAUCGGUAUCAUAAAGAAGCGGUAGAGCGUGCCCAACUGUUUAUAAAAAAAUUUCGUGAUCCUCAAGUCUCAAUAGAAAAUAUGUUGGAUCAAAAAAGAAAGCUACAAAUUUUAGUAAACCGCGAAAGGUUAAAACCAAUUAUUGAAGCCGUUAUUUUAUUGGGGCGUCAGAAUAUUGCUUUUAGGUCACAUCGCGAUGACGGUUUUAGUUUAAGAGACAAAACUGAAACAAAUAAAACCACCGAAGAUUCCGCAGUCAAUCGCGGAAAUUUCAAAGCUAUAUUGGAAUACCGAGCAAAAGGGGAUCCUAUUUUAAAAAACUAUUUAUUAACAGCAGCUGCAAGGUCGACGUAUAUUAGUAAAACUGUGCAAAACGAUAUAAUUUUGACAAUUGGCGAAGAAAUUACAGGCAUCCUAACAGAAAAAAUAGGCAAAGCUAAAUUUUUUAGUAUUAUUUUUGACGAAACCACCGACAUUUCGAAUACGAGUCAAAUGACUUUCUUUGUUCGGAAACAACAUAAUAUACCUCUGACCAAUCAGAGUGGAAACCUGGAAGAAUUGCAAUAUUCUCACAAAGAGUCUAAAGCCGGAAAAGAAGAAGGUCUGUCCAGUUUAUUAAAAAUAACAAAAGUGAUAAUAAAACGAAGAUAUAUUUAA